AUGGUUAACUUCUGGAGCUCCGCGUUUAUCCUACCGGCCGGGUGUUAUGACACCAUCGAAAGCAUGUGCAGCGCGUUUCUCUGGUCGGGAUCACCUACACAAACUCACAAGGCUAAAGUCAGCUGGGAGGAUCUCUGUUUUCCUAAGGAUGAGGGUGGUCUGGGUGUACGGAAGUUCAAAGACACGGCUAGAGCCUUCGCUCUUAAACUCAUCUGGAGACUAUUCACAAAACCGACGUCCCUAUGGGUAAGUUGGGUCACACACUACUUGCUCAGGUAUAAUUCCUUUUGGGAUGUGAGAGGAGAACAAAAUGGAUCUUGGAUAUGGAGGAAGCUCCUGAAACUUAGAGAUUUGGCAUAUGGGUUCACUAGAGUUCAUAUCAGGGAUGGUAGAACUACUUCCUUCUGGUUUGACAAUUGGCUUGGAAUUGGGAAAUUGAUAAAUAUUACAGGUACGGUGGGUACGACUUAUGUGGGUAUAUCACGCCAUGCCAAAGUUAGUGACGCUGCGAGGGGCAAUACGUGGAACAUUCGCGGCCGUGGAAGUCAGAGGUACGGGAACAUAUACGGCCAGAUCUUAGCUGCGGAUCCUCCCUCGUCGGGUACAGGUCGCGAUAGAGUACAAUGGAAUGGAAGCAUGGGGAGGAUGAUUACAGGACAACCUUUUCGGCAGCAAGGACUUGGGAUCAACUACGAGAAAGGAGAAGUAACGUGGAUUGGUGUAAAGUGGUUUGCGGCUUUUGUGGAGAGAGAAAUGAAACAAGAGAUCACCUGUUCUUCGCCUGCCCAUAUUCUUACACGAUUUGGGAAUCUCUGGCAAGACCACUUGUCGGACGGAACAUCAACCCAGAUUGGGAAUGGACAGUCAAUCGGUUACGUACUAUGGGAGGGAAAACACUGGACUCAAUACUCGCAAGGAUGCUAUUCCAAACAACCGUGUACUACUGGUCUGGAAGGAAAGAUUCAAGGCGUCACCAGCAACGAGAGAUACAGGGGGAUCAACUAA